AUGGGAAGAAAGCUGAGACACGUGCUGAUUUUCCUUCUCGUCAUCCUGAAAGAAUCCAACAUGCCAGAAGCAUACUGCGGGUGUAAACCAUCAUCACUCUGCAAAGAAAACCUAGGCCUAACCAGCAUCCCUCAGAACCUUCCAACAUCCAUCUCUGGCUUGGAUUUAGGAAUUAUUGUCAUUGUCCUGAUUGGCACAAUAUUGGUCACAGUUUGGUACAAGAGGAGGACCAGACAUCCCCCAUUAGGUCCAAAUCCCGGUGUUGUUGGGAGCAACACAAACACAGCAGUUUCGGUGAUGAGCAGUGGCCAUCAGAGAAGGCAGGGUCAUUCUCAGGCUAACAUUCAAUCUCUGACAGUUGGAAAUCUAUCCAAUGUUCAAGUGAUGGCUGCUUUAAAGCAAAACGCUGGGUAUGUAGGUGUGGGAACAGCACCAACUGAACAAGCAUAUACAGAAAUGGCCAGUGGUCAUAAUCAGACAGGGCAGGGUCAGUCACAGGCCACCACUGAAUUCAACACAAACACCACUACCGUAAUGACCAAUGGCGAUGAUCACCAGUAUGAAGAUAUUGACAACCAUCGUGUUGAGGCAGGGCAGGGUCAGUCUCAGGUCAUUACUGAAUCCAACACAAAUACCACAGCUAUUGUAAUGACCAGUGGUCAUGAUCAGACAGGGCAGGGUCAGUCUCAGGUCAUUACUGAAUCCAACACAAAUACCACAGCUACUGUAAUGACCAGUGGUCAUGAUCAGACAGGGCAGGGUCAGUCUCAGGUCAUUACUGAAUCCAACACAAAUGCCACAGCUGCUGUAAUGACCAGUGGUCAUGAUCAGACAGGGCAGGGUCAGUCUCAGGUCAUUACUGAAUCCAACACAAACACCACAGCUACUGUAAUGACCAGUGGUCAUGAUCAGACAGGGCAGGGUCAGUCUCAGGUCAUUACUGAAUCCAACACAAAUACCACAGCUACUGUAAUGACCAGUGGUCAUGAUCAGAUAGGACAGGGUCAGUAUCAGCCCCUAAUCAAAUCCAACACAAACACCACAGCUACUGUAAUGACCAGUGGUCAUGAUCAGACAGGGCAGGGUCAGUCUCAGGUCAUUACUGAAUCCAACACAAAUACCACAGCUACUGUAAUGACCAGUGGUCAUGAUCAGACAGGGAAGGGUCAGUCUCAGGCCAUCGUUGAAUCCUUAGAUGCUGAAAAUCUAUCUUAUGGCACAGGACUGACUACCUCGCAACUAAAUUCUCAGUACGGAAACCAUAAACCAAACACCACAGCUACUGUAAUGACCAGUCGUCAUGAUCAGACAUUGAAGGGUCAGUCUCAGGCCAUCCCUGAAUCCUUAGAUGCUGAAAAUCUAUCUUAUGGCACAGGACUGACUGUCUCGCAACUAAAUUCUCAGUACGGAUACCAUAAUUGA